UUUCUCUUAAUCCCCCCUCCUCCUCUUUUCUUUUUGAUUCCCUAUGUAUUUUUCCUCCUCCUCCUCUUCCACUUCCUCUUUCUUUCUUUUCCUUUAUCUACGCCUCUCUCCUUUUACAUUUUCCACUUACUUUUCUUUCUCCUCCUUUUCCUUCUCUUGACUCACUUUAUUUUCAACUCAUGGAAUACUUUCAUUUUUUUCCUUCUCCUCCUCGUCCUCCUCCUCCUCCUCCUUCUCCUCUUCUUCCCUGUCCUUCAUCGAAUUCUCUUUACUUUUACUCAUUAAAUACUAUUAUUUUUUCCUGCCCAGCCAUGACAAACUCAACCCCCGCAUCACAACACCUCCUGGCCGCCCUCUUGCUGCUGGUCUUGUCCUUGUGUGCGCAGGUUGCAUCAGACACCACAAUCACUGCCCUUGAAACCACCACCACCACCACCACCACCACCACCACCAGUUGGGCCUACGAGUCUUGUCACUACGGGAACGCAACACUACAACAUGGGGACACCGCGCUGGAGCUGCACGAGUGUUGUAUAAAGCUCCUGUGUUGCUCUGGUGAUAUAGUUAAGAGCAAUAGGUGGUCUGAGCCAGCGAGCAGAGGCCACGACCUUUGCCAUGACGACCACCACGACCACAUCUGGGACCACGCGACCCACGACCAUCUAGAGUUUCAUAAUGGGUCAUAUAGCGGAUGCUGCGUAAUAGGGGACCGCAUGUACCCAAGUGGACACAUCCUGGCCACCUUCUGCCUCCAAAUGGUGUGUCACGAGGGCCACUGGGACUUCGCCUGGAGUAUCGACCCCUCCUGCGGGUACUGCUGGAUACACGACUACCCUCACUUCUCUACCUUCGACGGCUAUCACUACAACUGGUACGGCCUGUGCAACUACACCCUGGCGCAGACCAACGACUCCACAGACCCCUUGGACCCCCACACUGCCGUCUACGUCACCUUCAGGAAGUGUUUCAGGCGGCGCAGGGCAGUCGGUAUGCCUACGUGUCUCUCAGUUGUGACAUUUAGAGAGAAUCCGAAUACUGUCAUCCAACUGGACCCUUUAAAUGCAACCUGGAUGACAGUCAAUGGGGAGAUGGUGGCGGUGCCAGAGCCUCACGACCUGAACCACGUCAUCACCUCCCACGGCCUCCACCCAGUGCUCGCUCUCAACAUAGACGGCUGCAUUACUCUUAUUGGCGCCUCGGGUUUCGUGGUGAUGCAGUGCCUUCACCGCGUGGACGUGUGGGUGAGCCGUGCCUUGGCGGGGGCGGUGGAUGGCCUGUGCGGUCCUUUCAACACUGAUUUCAGGCUGUGGGAGAGAAGCUACGAGCGGUACAACACAUCCCUCUUCCCGCUCAUGUGGCUGGCUGAUGACGAGGACCGCUUGAAAUGCUACAACAACGACCCUGACAUCAACAACGCGGCGAAGUGUAGGAAGUCACCGACGGAGGAAAUCGUGAGGCGCUGUGAGGCGAACACCAGAGGCAAUUCAUAUCUCAACGAAACGUGCCAGUAUGACCUAUGCAAGCUGGGGGAGCGACCCAGGCUGGCGAGGGGCAGGUUCUUCAGGUGGCUGAAGCAGGUGCGACUCAAUGCUUACUUCACUGAGAAGAUUGCCAACGCUACUGCAGGGUAUAUGUACUGAUGCACCGUGACCUGCCUUCCCCCUCCCUCCUCCAUCCCAUCCUUCAGUCAGGUAAACACGAGUAACAAGCAACAAGAGCAACAUUUCCCGCCACUUCCAACCACCACCACCACCACCAACCAUGAAAUCACAUACGGACGACUCCUAAUACACAACAAAGCUAAGCAAGAAACAUGAGCAAGACCUGCAAGUGACAAGCAAUUCUUCCCCCCACUCGCCGCCGCCACCACCACCACCACCAGCCAUGAAAUCCCGGACGGACUCUGAGGACUGUUUUCUACGAAAUUUCCGCGCCGCAUCUCUACUAUUUUCCAAAAGCUCUUAAUGAAAUUACAGUCGUUUUUAAGGGUGUUUAUACGAUUCUAGAGAAAGAUUAACAAGAUUUCUACAUAGUUAACUAGAGAAACACUCAUGAGAACCCAGCUAAUCAUAUGUGUGGCCUUGACAAAUAUUCGUGGUGAGAGAGGAAAACGUUUCUGAAUACGGGCCUUAGAACCACAUUCUGAAACAUUUUUUCGUCUCACCCCGACUAUUUCCAAGACUCUAAAUGAUGUUCCAGUAGUUUUAAAGUGUGUUUAUACAAUUGUAAUGACAGAUUAACAAUAGCUCUACAUUACGAACACACGAAACACUCCUGAGAACCAGGCUAAUCAUCUCAGUGGCUUUUGAAAACAGUCGUAGAGAGACAGGAAAUCGCUUCUGAGCACUGGUCUUACUUAAUACACAAGACUAACCAUUACACAAUUCUAGUGACAUAUUAGGAAGAAACACUCUUGAGAACCUGGUUAGUCAUCGUUGUUGCCUUUGAAAAUAGAGAUGAUGAGAGAGCAAA